AUGGACACAAUUUUCCUUUACAACUAUUAUGGCACUCCUCGACCAGAUUCAAAUGCGACUAGUCUUGAUCAUGAAAUUUUAUCCCAAUUAAUAUUUACAACCAAUGAAGCUGGGAUCGCCUCCUUCCUAACCAAUCAAGCUGAUAAAUCUCAGGUUUUAUCUGGUGUCGUUAAUACAUUGAACGAAAUUUUUCCAACUGCAAACCAAAUGAGCUUUUUUGAUCCUUCCAAAGGAGUUACUUUGCAGCCGAAUACCCGAGUGGUCUGGGAACCUGGUGACGCUUCUCGAUUAGAUAAACAUUCUUUGGAACCGCAAUUUGUCUCAACUGAGCUCUCUUCCGCUCCCGAAGUUUCCCUUCCUUAUGGUUGGGAAAUAGUUAAGGAUCCUCAAUUCGGCUCUUUUUAUAUUGACCACAUUCACAAACGCACCCAAUAUGAGCCUCCAACCCCUUCCGAUUUUACAAACGCAGCCGGUUCAGCCUCUUCAACUUUUAUUCCGCAUAAUAAUUCUUCACACCCCAUCUCAACCAAAAGUUGGCCUUCCUCUACUCGGAUUCCCAUCCUGUCAGAGUCCCAAAAGCCUUUUCUUUCAACCGUUAAUCCAUCACCUCUCCUAUAUUCUCCUAUUAAUUCUCCCCCUGGCACCUCGUAUAUUCCAAAUAAGCACCGGUUACCUCCAAAUGUAUUCACAACAGAUGUUAACCAGCUGAAUGGCCCCAUUGUUACAACCUCUUUUGUAAAAAGCCCUCGUGGUUUUGGAUUCACAAUUAUUGGUGGCACCGAUAAGAACAAGCCUGGAUUUUUACAGGUGAAAAAUCUAAUUCCCGGUGGUCCUGCCUUCUUAGACGGCCUCCUUUGUCCGGGAGAUGUGCUUAUCUCCAUUGGCGACCGCUGUGUACUCGGUUAUACUCAUGCAGAUAUUGUAGCUCUUUUUCAAUCUAUGCCGGUCGGUACUUGCGUUUCCUUAACUGUUAGCCAAGGCUAUCUGCUUCGUUUCGAUGUAAAUGACCCCAGCACCAAGCUUAUUACUACUCUUGCUGUUCGAUCGACACCUCACCAGUCUUUAGGAGGCCCUUUUUUCGCAGACUGCCUCUCAGCACCACCCAUUAAUGAGGUAACCACUUAUUUUGAUCAGCCCAAGCUUUAA